AUGAGGAUUCUGUUUCUUAUUUUAUUGUCUGAUGCAUGUGGGCACAUGAAGGAUCCCAUUGAGAUCAGGCUGUCUCUCAAGCCAGACCUAAGGUUGAGUGUCAAAGAUGUUCCCUUGGCCAACACAACAAUUGAAGAGAGGGGGGGGAGAUAUGCAAUAACAAUAGGAAACUCAUAUCUAUCAGGAAAUGGUACUGUGAAUAUCGGCAAGGACGAAUUCUACUGGGAUAUAUGUGACAGGGAUUUAGGGGCAGUCAUAUGCUUCGAAGGCCGAUGUCUGACAUAUACGGAGAAGGGGUUGGAAAUGCUUCCAUGCAUGGAUCCAUCAGAUUUCAGGAGUGCAUCACAGUUGUUUCAAAUCGAAGCCGUGGCUAGAAUGCCUAAGGGCUCGAAUGCAAUAUAUAGACGAAUGGAUCUAGUAGGAAAGGUCGACAGGCUUAUAGAGCCUUUAAAUAGUAGAAUAGCAGAUAUGGUGGAUAGGAUGGAUUCCUUCGAUACAUCCUCAGAAGAAUGA